AUGCUGCUGGCUUUGCCUGGACCGGCGUUCGUCCUGGACACGGUCCGCUUGGACAAUGGGACUGUGCUCGAUGCUUUUGCUUUGACUGCGAAUCCGAAUGCGACGCGAUUGCCGCGCGUGCUGCUCAACCGAGCGCAGGAAGCGACCGACCUGGCAGGCGAGCACCACACGGUACGCACUGCAUCGUCCAUCUGGGACGCGUCGCUGCAGCUCGCACGCUGUCUCGAGCGGCAGCACGACCGCCUCGACGAUCCGGACUUGGCGGUUGCAGACAAGCAUGUGCUCGAAUUGGGCGCAGGGAGUGGACUAGUCGGGUUGGCCUGCGCAGCUUUUGGAGCAAGGUCGGUUACUCUCACCGACACGGCCAGCGUAGUUGCCUCCAUACUGGAGCCCAAUCGACAGCUCAACCCUGCGCUGAUGCCGUAUGUGAGCUGCACUGCCCUCGAUUGGCUUCAUCAAGAGCGGGACAGACAGCUAGUACCAAACGCCAUCGAUGUGAUUGUUGCAGCGGAUGUCGUGUGGGUGGCGGACUUGGUAUUACCGUUGGUCAGAACCAUUCGAGCCCUCGCCAGUGCCUCAACGAUCGUGCUCCUCGCUCACCAAACGCGUUCAGCCCAGGUGGACGAAGUCCUGUUCGCCGCUUUGGCCGAAGCCGGUUUUGUUGCAACACCAGUCGCUAGCAUCACCAUGCAUCCCAGCUAUAUGAAGCCUGGCAUACGGAUAGUCAAGUUUCGUCUUGGGGGGUCAGUGGCCACCCUCUGA